UCCAUUGGCUGUCGCUUCGCCGGCGGGGCACGGGUACGGGAGCCGGGUGGGCACGUUGCGAACUGUGGCUGAGGCGGCGGCGGCGGCGGCGAAGGAUGCACCCGGCAGGCUUGGCGGCGGCGGCGGGGACGCCCCGGCUGCGUAAGUGGCCCUCAAAGCGAAGGAUCCCUGCGUCCCAGCCGGGCAUGGCCGACCCCCACCAGCUUUUCGAUGACACGAGUUCAGCCCAGAGCCGGGGCUAUGGGGCUCAGCGGGCACCUGGAGACCUCGGCUAUCCUGCAGCCUCCACCACGCCCCAGGCAGCCUUCCUGGCUGACCCCGUGUCCAACAUGGCCAUGGCCUAUGGGAGCAGCCUGGCUGCGCAGGGCAAGGAGCUGGUGGAUAAAAACAUCGACCGCUUCAUCCCCGUCACCAAGCUCAAGUAUUACUUUGCUGUGGACACCAUGUAUGUGGGCAGAAAGCUGGGCCUGCUGUUCUUCCCCUACCUCCACCAGGACUGGGAGGUGCAAUACCAACAGGACAUGCCGGUGGCCCCCCGCUUUGACGUCAAUGCCCCAGACCUCUACAUUCCAGCGAUGGCUUUCAUCACCUACGUUUUGGUGGCUGGUCUUGCGCUGGGGACCCAGGAUAGGUUCUCCCCAGACCUCCUGGGGCUGCAGGCAAGCUCGGCCCUGGCCUGGCUGACCCUGGAGGUGCUGGCCAUCCUGCUCAGCCUCUAUCUGGUCACUGUCAACACCGACCUCACCACCAUCGACCUGGUGGCCUUCCUGGGCUACAAAUAUGUCGGGUCAGUAUCCCCGCCCUUCCUGCCAGCCGCAGCCCUUGGGCCUCGUCCUCACACAGCCUUCUCUCCCUCCCCCAGGAUGAUCGGCGGGGUCCUCAUGGGCCUGCUCUUUGGGAAGAUUGGCUACUACCUGGUGCUAGGCUGGUGCUGCAUGUCCAUCUUUGUGUUCAUGAUCCGGACUCUGCGGCUGAAGAUCUUGGCAGAGGCAGCGGCUGAGGGGGUCCCGGUCCGUGAGGCCCGGAACCAGCUGCGCAUGUACCUGACCAUGGCGGUGGCAGCGGCACAGCCUCUGCUCAUGUACUGGCUCACCUUCCACCUGGUGCGGUGAGGGCGUUCACUGAGCCUCCUCCUGCUGCUGCUGCUGCUGCUGCUGCUGCUGGGGCCACUGUGGCUGCCGGACUCAUCUCCCGCCUUCGGGCCCCAGGGUCCACCCUGUUUGGGUACAGGCGCUGCCCCCAUCCCAAGUCCCGCUGAACCCUGCCCCCAACCCAAGGUGCUGAGAGAUCUCCAGCUGCACAGGCCACCACUCCAGGGCGUGGCCGCUGUUACAGAAACAAUAAACCCUGAUGGUCAUGA